UCUGUUAUUUUCUCGUUGCUUUUUUCUGCAAAACAACCAAAUCUUUCUCUCUUCUCCAUUUUCAAUACCUCAAUUUUGAGUUCGUUGCUGCAAUUGAAAUCUGGGUUUAGAGACGAGAAGAAAGGCAAAAGAUGUAUCAUCCUACUAGAGGUGGCGUUCGCGGUGGUCGAGAUCAAUUUAGCUGGGAUGAUGUGAAGGUUGAUAAACAUCGAGAAAAUUAUAUAGGUCAUAGUAUCAAAGCAGCAGUUGGGAGAUGGCAGAAAGGGAAAGAUCUUCAUUGGUACACCCGUGAUAAGAAAGCCCAGGAAAAGGAUACGGAGGCAGCAAAAGAAGAAAUACGUAGGAUUAAAGAAGAGGAGGAACAGGCAAUGAGGGAGGCUCUGGGCUUAGCUCCUAAGCGUGCCACACGUCCUCAGGGUACUCGGCUAGACAAGCAUGAGUUUUCUGAACUUGUGAAGAGAGGUUCAACAGCAGAAGACUUGGGAGCAGGGCAUUCUGAAGCAGCUCGGGUAGAUGGUCUUGGUUUCUCAAAAUUGCCCAAACCUUGGGAAGAACCAAGUUCAACAUCGGCUUUUCCAUCUAAUCCGGUUGAUGAGCCUGUAGAAAAGAUUAAUGCAAGUCUCCCUGCUGUUGCACCCCUACAGAAUGAAGAAGAGUCGGAGGAUGAAAGGAGCCAAAAGAAGAAGAGGCGAGAAGAGAAGAGACGGGAAAAGGAUGAGAGGCGAGAGAAGCGACAUUCUCAUGAUACAAAUGAUAGGAGGAAACAUUCCCACGAUUCAGAUGACAGGAGGAAACGUACCCGUGAUUCAGACGAUAAGAGGAAACAUACCCGUGAUUCAGAUGACAGAAAGAAACACAAGAAAGACAAGGAGAAGAGAAGAAGACAUGAUUCUGAUUCAGAUUAAACUUGAAUAAUCCUUGGGUAGUUAUUGUGUCCUUGCUAUCUUUUACCUUAACAAUUGCAUUCUGAAUACUUGUGUUGGAUACAGUUGGAUACCUUCCUUUUUGCCGUGUAUCUCAGAAUGAAGUGUUAUAGUUCAAAUUUGUGUUGUGUUUUUAGAGGAAAAGGAUCAAAUAUACCCUCUACUUUCAUUUA